UCCGACCAGCCAGUGCUUAUUAAUCUUACUUUAAGCUUUCACUUUUCAUAUUUCUUGCUCCAUUUUGGCACUAGAAUACGUAAAAUUUUUUGCUUGUUCUUCUGAUAUAUGACAUUAAACGCUGUGUUGAGCCUUUAACAUGCCGUCGGCAAAAAACUCCUAUGGAGUUUCACCAUCUCAACAUCCAGGGGCUGCCCUAUGAUAAUUAUCAUAAGCUUGAUUUACUGUCAAAUUAUCUUUGCAUUGAUGACAAUGUUUCGAAGUUUUUCGCUGUCACUGAAACUCAUCUCCGUCCUUCGGAUUCUGAUCAGUUGUUUUCCAUUCCCGGAUACUGUUUAUUUCGUAGCGAUCGACCUGAUAUUCAUGGUAAAACACGCGGUGGUGGGAUUCUAUGCUACGUACCUCAACAUAUAACGGCUGAGCGUGUCGAGCUGAAGUUUCGUUCUAAGGGAUUUGAAUGUCUGUGGUUACAACUCACUGUUUCUCAUCGCAAAAUUAUUAUUGGGACCGUGUAUCGUCAGCCUGAUUCGAAUUCUGUCGAAACCAAAGCGUUGUUCAAUCAUUUGCGGGAGGUACUGUUAAAAUAUCCGGGCAGCGAUCAUAUGAUCAUGGGGGAUCUGAACAUCGAUUCCUCCCCUGGUUCCUCAAGCCCCUAUGUCAAAUUGUACAGUGACUUUGUAGAUGAAUUUUCCUUCGAAGAUAAGUUUCCUGAUUUCGUGGUUGCUGAAGAAUGGCGUAUUUCUGGGAGUGGAUCAUACUGUACCUCGCUACGUGCAGUCUGGACGCUGCGGCCUCUUCCCUGGACUACGACGACAUGCUGCAGGGGCUGCUGGACGAUCAGGAAUGGCCGGAUUUCACCCAUACCUCCGUGGCUCCUCGCGAAACCCUCCACCGCAGUCAGACCAACCCCCUCCACAAAUGAUCCACAGCGCACCAUCCGCCACCUGGAGGAGCAACUACACACCUGCCACGCCACCCUCCACUCCCUGCAGUCCCCCCGUUCCUCCCCCGCCCCACACAGGGCACACCCCCCGCCCCCUGUUAAAACCAGCAUGACCACCCGGGUGGAGCACGUCCUGGUGGAGUCCGCGGAGGAGAUGGGCGACGCCAUGGUGGGGUGUGUGGAGAGCGUCCUGUACCGGGUCCUGGCGGUGAUCAUCCACGGGUUGCGAGUUUUGGCCAUCCUCGUCGGGAUCCUGGCGUUGUUUAUGCUGUUCGUGACGGCCGCGGAACUGGUGGAUGUGGGUAGUGAGAGGACCUUCAGUACCUUCGCACUGCUGGUGACGGUGGGGCUGUGGAUGGGAUUGAGUGUGACGGUGUACGCGCUGCAGCGGAUCGGCGGACCGCCCCGCGGGAUGACGACCGGGGCGACCCAUUUAUCCACGAUUUGAGAAGGAGCGGUGUUGUAGCCGAUUUAUCUCUUCCCCGAUUGUGAUCCUGUUUGCUUGCAUGUUCUGUGUUGAAUAUUUCUCUUUUAAAUGUUGCAUGCGUAGCCCGGAAUGAUUACGUAACAAUUACUUGGAAUUUUCUUGGUAAGCGAAUGUAUCACAUCUGUCAUAUACUUCUGCU